AUGAACGUUCUCCAAAAGUUUAUCGACGAAACUUUUGACAUGAUGACCGGUCUCGGAGAAAUGAAAGUGGCUGAGGCAAUUUUUAUGGAUUCUGUUCAUUUCGCUUCUCUGGAGAUUUCGACCUCUGACUCGAAAACUGAUGGAUUGCUGAUCCGCAAAGUACUCUCGUUGGCUUACAAAGGUCGCAACAUCAUGAAAAUGUGCGUUCAUCUGCCGCAGAACAGCAACGCGGAGAAAUACGCCUCCGCUCUCAAUCAAGUUUCUCAUGAAAUCGACAGUCUUCUCUGCUCCACGGGAAACGACGGAGCUGAUUGA